UUAUUACAGGUCCACAGCUACCUAGAGUCACCUACAGUUGGGGAGACUCGGACAGUGGUCAAAAAGGAAUAGCAAAUUCAAGGUGCAACGUUUCGGGACGUUCUUUCAUGGUCAAUCUUAAUUCCGAGUGUCAUUCUGAUAUCCUUCUCCCCCCUCCUCUUCCGUCGCAAGGUAUCUGAGUGCAUAUACUCACCACCGAGAGUUCAAAUCUAAACCUGGCUUAGAAUUGUAUUGGCGUAUUCUCGGGAACGUUCUUUGUACAUAGGUUAAGUUAGACUGGUUGAUAAACUUUGCGCCUAUCCGCUCUACUUCAUUUUAUGAAAACGCUGACUUAUCUAUGUUGGACUGUGGCACUGUGCCUCAUACUGCCUCAUAGCGCUGGCAACGAGAAUUUACCUCGAACCUUCUCCGCCACCGACAAUAUACCGACAUCUCAGGACAAGGAACAGCGACUCAAGACGCAAUUCACAACACACACAGCUGAUAGGGCGAAUGAAAUGGUUGUUAGGUAUUCUUCCAAUAAAAUCCACGCUUCUCAACCUAUGUUUUUAUCCCAUGGCCUUGUUCAUGAGGCUCCUUUGAAGGCCAUUUUCCACCAUCUUGCUCUAUGUCUGGCAACGCUCGAUUCUGCGUCUCAUUUGAUCUCAUUUCUCGUCGCAGCCAUCCUGUUUAUAGUUGAUUGACUUUCAGAUGUUCUGAGAUUUGGACAUCUCCAGGUCAA